AUGCCCUCCGAGGCCCGCGGCAUCUUUGUGUGUUCAAACAUCGAUGUCCCAGCUCAAGAAAAUGUUGUCAAGAUUCGGAUGCAGUACGUUUACUGUCUCAUGGUUAGUGGCUCUGAUCUUCUAAGCAAAUCCACAAGGAUACCGUACUUCAAUACGGCGUUCAAGUCUCGCCAAGCGAGGGCGCGACAGGCAGAUCCGGAGAUGAGGGCAGCUUCACAACGAGAGGUCAGCGCCCUCGAUUACCUGACCCAAGCUGGUUGUUCCUCAACGCCUAAACUGUUCGCAUGGAAACACGAAACUCAAGGCAAUGAUGACUGGGUACCAAGGGGGUAUAUCGACUACAUCCUGAUGGAGAAACUCCCCGGAGAAACCCCUGGUUACUGGUCUGGCCGCAUGAGCAGAGCAGAACGUGAUCAACUUCGGGAAUCGUUCAAGAAAGCAUGGAUGUAA